GAACACGCAGAGCUCCCCCCACGCCUUCAAAACUGUGCCCUGCUGCCCAGGAGCCUGCUUCAGUAGCCUCCCUUCCCUGACUGAUAUGGCUACCGCCAAUAGCAGUGCGGGCAUCCGUUGGUCCAGACAGGAGACGCGAACUCUUCUCUCCAUACUGGGCGAGGCAGAGUAUAUCCAGCGUCUCCAGACUGUGCAUCACAAUGCGGACGUUUAUCGGGCUGUGUCUAAGCGAAUGCAGCAGGAAGGCUUCCGCCGCACCGAACGCCAGUGCCGCUCCAAGUUUAAAGUUCUGAAGGCAAUGUAUUUAAAGGCCUGUGUGGCCCGGGCCACAAGUCUGGGGGGUCCACCGCACUGCCCGUUUUAUGAUACAUUGGAUCAGCUUCUUCGAAAUCAGACGGUAACUGACCCAGACAACUUAAUGGAGGCCACCGCUUGGGCCAAGCACUGUGAUCAGGAUUUAGUGGUCUCUGACAAGCCAGGGGAUGAGGGAGCCAGUGUUCAGGAAGCGAAAAGGACUCGGGCAGCUUGUCAUCGGCGUGUUUUGCAAACAGUGAAGGAAUCGGAUGAGGAUUGCCAACUGAGGAUCAGUGAUGGGAUGGACGAAGCCAGUGACAUCGAGGACUCCUGGGAUGAAUCCUCAGGUGCAGGGUGCUCUCAAGGGACCCUCAACUACCGCAGCUCCCACCACCUUUUCAAAGGUGCAGUAGCUCCCUGUCAGAGCAGCCCCAUGACCAGACUGGCUGUGUCGAGGGAAUGCAGUCCCUGCACCAGCACCAGCCGAAUCCCCCUUGGGGCAUUCUCCACACCACAGCCUCCCGGUUCCUCCUCAAGGCUUGCUUUUCUCUCUGGUGAGGAUAGACCUCUGACCAGCGAGCCCUCUCCAAGGUGCACAAGGCAGAGAAAGCACUCGGUGGCCAGAACCAUUGCCGCUGAAUUGGCAGAAAACAGGAGGUUGGCACGAGAACUCUCCAGCAGAGAGGAAGAGAAGCUGGACAGGUUGAUUGCCAUGGGCGAGGAGGCCAGUGCCCGGCAAGACACCGCCAAUGAGCUGCGCAGGGAUGCUGUCACGGCUGUCAGGCGCCUGGCGACAGCAGUGGAAGAAGCAACGGGUGCUUUCCAGCUAGGGCUUGAGAAGUUGCUUCAGAGACUGAUCUCAGAUACCAAAAGCUAGGAGCUGGGAGUGCAUACAUUUCCCAAACUGGUACAAGGCUAUUUCUAACAAGCUCCUUCUGGAACCCUGGCUCCUUGUCUGUGUCUUCAGGAGAGAAAGAACAGAUGAACUGUUAAUACGCAGAAGAGUUCCUUGUCCUCAGGUUCUCCACUAAUGGAAAGGCCUCGUUCCAAAGAGCUGACCAGUAGAAACCAGAAGGAACCGAAUCCAUGAGCUAGCCUGUCCUGGCUUCCUCACCGUGUGGGGCAAUUUUCUUUACCUCUAUCAUGGUCUCCUCAUCUCUCGAGGCAGACCUGCCCUGCCUACCUCACAGGGUUGUUGUGAGGAUCAAGUGGCUUAUAGAUGUGAAAAGGUUUUAAAGUUUGAAAGCACUAUACACAUGUAAGUUAUUAAUGCAUUGCCCUUGGCUACGGGGAGCUGGGGCAAGCACGUUCGUUUACAACACACACAAGUGUAGCGGUGCCCCCGACCUCAUUGCUUGGACCUUUACAUGUUUAAUUUACUGUCCUUUUAGGUUGAGGUCUCAGCAUCUUACACCUCUCUGUGGCUCACUAGUCUGGUCACGACUGCGUUUGUGUCUUUGUGUCUUACAGUUCCACUGCUCUAUCCCUGACCUGCCUACUAGCAAGCCCUCGUAGUCCAACCAGCUAACCCCUUCAUUUUACUACUUCCUGGCCUCUGUAGAGAUGAGCUUCUAGUUGAGCGCUGUGGGGGGUAGAUCUUUAUGAGGUAAAAU